AAAGAGAAGGAGCAAUAAAAUAAAAGUAACAACAAUUUGUGUGUAAAAAAAAAAUAAAAAGUACACACACUAAAAAAAAAAAAAAAAUUCCAAUUUAAAAUGGCAAAGGCUAUUAUGCUCCUCUCUGCUCUUUGCAUUUUGGCCCUUGCCAAUUUUGCACAUUGCCACCCUGAAGUUUUUGAUGUUGAAGGAAAGGUCUACUGUGAUACUUGCCGCGUUCAAUUCGAAACAAAACUCAGCGAGAACCUUGAAGGUGCAACUGUGAAGUUGCAAUGCAGGAACAUCAGCACAGAGACUGAGACGUUUUCAGUGGAAGGUGUGACUGAUAAGGAUGGAAAGUACAAAUUAACCGUUAAUGGAGACCACGAGAACGAUAUUUGCGAGGUGACAGUUGUGAAAAGCCCAAGGGAGGACUGCAAAGAGAGUGUGUCUGGAUAUGAAAAGGCAAGAAUUGAGUGUAGUGACAAUGUUGGUAUCCACAAUGCUGUGAGAUUUGCCAAUCCACUUUUCUUCAUGAAGGCUGAGUCUGUUCAAGGAUGCAAAGAAGCUCUUGAUGAGUUGGGUUUAUUCCCCCUUGAAUUCUAAAAAAGUCUUUUUUUUAUUUUAACGUGACAGAAAAUAAAUUAGUCCUUUUCAUGUUGUAACGCGAAAUAAUAAAAAUAUGAGGAAAAGAUGGAUUUUCUCAUUUAUAUGUAUUCAUAUGGGAUGAUAAGUUCCAUGUAUUUGUUUUUAAUGAGAAGAUCUUGAUCAUAUUUUAAGAAACUA